AUGACGGCGGGGCACGCCCCUGUCACCCUGCUGGCCGGGGUGGUGACGGCGGGGCACGCCCCUGUCACCCUGCUGGCCGGGGUGGUGACGGCGAGGCACGCCCCUGUCACCCUGCUGGCCGGGGUGGUGACGGCGGGGCACGCCCCUGUCACCCUGCUGGCCGGGGUGGUGACGGCGGGGCACGCCCCUGUCACCCUGCUGGCCGGGGUGAUGACAGCGGGGCACGCCCCUGUCACCCUGCUGGCCGGGUUGGUGACGGCGAGGCACGCCCCUGUCACCCUGCUGGCCGGGGUGGUGACGGCGGGGCACGCCCCUGUCACCCUGCUGGCCGGGGUGGUGACGGCGAGGCACGCCCCUGUCACCCUGCUGGCCGGGGUGGUGACAGCGGGGCACGCCCCUGUCACCCUGCUGGCCGGGGUGGUGACGGCGAGGCACGCCCCUGUCACCCUGCUGGCCGGGGUGGUGACGGCGGGGCACGCCCCUGUCACCCUGCUGGCCGGGGUGGUGACGGCGGGGCAAGCCCCUGUCACCCUGCUGGCCGGGGUGGUGACGGCGGGGCACGCCCCUGUCACCCUGCUGGCCGGGGUGGUGACGGCGAGGCACGCCCCUGUCACCCUGCUGGCCUGGGUGAUGACGGCGGGGCACGCCCCUGUCACCCUGCUGGCCGGGGUGACGACGGCGGGGCACGCCCCUGUCACCCUGCUGGCCGGGGUGAUGACGGCGGGGCACGCCCCUGUCACCCUGCUGGCCGGGGUGAUGACGGCGGUGUGCCACCUCGGCACCCUGGCUAGGCCUGGCUAG